AUGCCACCGCGUAGAUCGACUCGUCACUCCUUACCUACUCCUGCUCACUCUACUACCUCUUCUACCCCAGGUAAGACGGAUAAAUCGGUGGCAAAUGGAGAUAGCUCCAUCAUUUCCAGCGCCAAAACAAAAGAUAAAAAAUCAGCUGUCCAACCGGAAACUCCGACUAGUUUAGAGGACGAAGAUUCCAUCGCUAUCGCUUUGGGAUCUGAGAUCAGUGAGGGCAGCGAAGAAGGAAUCGUAGAAUACGGAGUCAAAGAAGAAUCGCCCGAAUCACCUUUCACCUCUACCACCGAACCAUCUUCGUCAAAACGAUACAAACUGGAAUCUGUCACUCUUCCUAGCAGAAGAUCCAAGCUGGGUUUGGACAAAACUGACAGUGCGGAUAAUAUGACGCUCGAAUCGCCUACCAAUAGCAGAGGAGGUCAGGCCAAUGGUAAUGGGCUAGUCAAAGUAGAGAACGAAGAUGUUGAAAUGAAAGACGAACCAGAGCAAGAAGAAUCCAAACCCUCCACAUCACGCUCACGAAAGGGUAAAGCCAGAGUUGAUCCAGCCGAACAAGCACCAUUCAACAUUGGUAAAUUCUCCUCCGUAUCCAAAGCUCAAACCUCAGAUCUCGAGUUCGAUGCUCCGAAAACUACUCGGGGUAGAUUGCCCAGAGCGAGUAAAGGUAAAGCCAAGAAAGAGUUGACUCCACCUUUGACCGACGAAGAAACUGAGUUUGAAGAAGAUGCUGGGUACGCCAUGGAUAGUGAUGAAGAGGAGAAACAACUCAAACAAGCUAUCAAAGCUUCUGCCCAAAAAUCCAAAACUAGAUCCAACGCUUCUAACAGUGGGACAAGUACGCCUACGAAAAGUACAAGAAAGACAAAGGGGAACCAAGCUGCUUUAAGAGCCGCUGUAGCUAAAGCUGCGGAAAAACGGUUCAAAGGUACCAACGGUACCAACACCCCUUCAACCCGAGGUGGAGAUAUGACACCUCGUUCAGAAGCUGCGACCGACAUGACACCCUUAUCAGAUGAUGACUCUGGAUUAUCAACUGUCUUAUCCGAUAUAUCAGCCGACGAAGCUCAAAUCACCGACUCUGAAGACGAUGUUUCUGAUCUAGACUUUUCAUCGGACGAUUCAUUAGAUGUCAAACCUCGUAAGAAACCUCGUAAAUCCGGUGAAAAUGGUAGAUUCGCAGGGAAAGGACGAUCAUUAGCUGAUGGGAAAUGGAUCGAAGAAUUGGCUGAUGAGCUGGGAUCCGAAGGUGAAGGAUUAGAUCCUGAUGAAAUGAAGAUGAUGAAUCUCAGAAAGAUGAGGGAGAAAGCGAGAUUGGAACGAAAACGAUAUGAAGAAGCUGCUGCGCCUAGGAAGAAGAAGGAGAAGGAGUUGAGUCAAAAAUUGGGUAGGAAAUUGACGAAUGGUGAGAAGAAUCUGGUGGCUCUCAGUAUGAGCCAUCCUGAACUUGAGGAUGUAUGGGGAGAUCUUCAAGCCAACGUCGAACCUGUUAAACCGGUAACAAUGGAAGCCCAUCCGUCAUUGAAACUAACCCUGUUACCGUUCCAGAAAGAAAGUUUGUACUGGAUGAAGAAGCAGGAAGAAGGACCGUGGAAAGGUGGGAUGUUAGCCGAUGAGAUGGGUAUGGGUAAAACAAUCCAAACUAUCGCUUUACUUCUUUCUGAACCCCGAAGAAAACCCUCGUUGGUAGUGGCACCGGUAGUAGCGUUGAUGCAGUGGAAACAUGAGAUCGAAACUCAUGCGGAAGGAUUCACGGUUUGUCUUUGGCAUGGCCAGCAGAGGAUGAAAGCGAAUGAAUUGAAGAAGUACGAUGUGGUCCUUUCGUCUUAUGGUACACUGGAGGCUGCAUUCAGAAGACAACAAAGAGGGUUUAAAAGAGGCAAUAACUUCAUCAAAGAGAAAUCACCAAUGCAUGAAUUUGAGUGGUACAGAGUCAUUCUUGACGAAGCUCAUAAUAUCAAAGAGCGAAGUACGAAUGCCGCCAAAGCCGCUUUCGCACUGCAUGCUACCUACAAAUGGUGUCUCUCUGGUACACCUCUACAGAAUAGAGUGGGAGAAUUGUACUCUUUGGUUCGAUUUUUAGGAGCCGAUCCUUUCAGUCACUACUUUUGUAAGAAAUGUGACUGUAAAUCUUUACAUUGGCAAUUCAAGGACAAACGGACAUGCGAUUCGUGCGGUCAUAAACCUAUGGAUCACGUUUGUUUCUGGAACACUGAGAUUCUCACACCUAUCGCUCGAUACGGUAUAGAAGAAGGUGGACCAGGUCAUACGGCAUUCAAGAAACUCAAGAUCUUAUUGGACAGGAUGAUGCUUAGAAGAACUAAACUUGAAAGAGCAGAUGAUCUGGGAUUACCUCCUCGAACGAUCGUCGUCAGAAGAGAUUAUUUCAGUCCAGCCGAGAAAGAACUGUAUAUGUCUUUGUUCACCAAUGCCAAAAGACAGUUCUCAACUUAUGUCGGUGAAGGUACCGUUUUGAAUAAUUAUUCGAAUAUUUUCUCUCUUAUCACAAGGAUGCGACAAAUGGCUUGUCAUCCUGAUUUGGUCCUUAGAGGUAGAACUGGUGCACUCGUCAAAGACGCUCCAGAAGGGACUGUCUGCAGACUGUGUAAUGAUACGGCAGAAGAUGCGAUCAUGUCCCAGUGUCAUCAUGUAUUCGACAGAGAAUGCAUAAGACAGUAUCUCGAAGUCAAACAAGCCAGAGGGCACAAGCCGGAAUGUCCCGUUUGUCAUAUCGAGAUUUCGAUCGAUCUCGAAGCUGAAGCGCUGGACCUGGAAGAUAAUAAUAAGAAAGCUCGACAAGGUAUAUUGAGUAGGUUGGAUUUACAAAACUGGCGAUCGUCAUCCAAGCUUGAGGCGUUAGUCGAAGAAUUAGAGAGAUUGAGGAACAAGGAUUGUACAAUCAAAUCGCUUGUUUUCUCUCAAUUCGUCUCUUUCCUUGAUUUGAUAGCUUUCAGAUUACAACGAGCUGGGUUCAAUAUCUGUCGAUUGGAAGGUGGUAUGACGCCCCAGCAACGAGAUGCGACCAUCCAGCAUUUCAUGAACAAUACCCAUGUUACUGUGUUCUUGAUCUCCUUAAAAGCUGGAGGUGUGGCUUUGAAUCUGACAGAAGCAAGCAUGGUAUUCAUGAUGGACAGUUGGUGGAACCCUUCAGUGGAAUAUCAAGCGAUGGAUCGUAUCCACAGAUUAGGUCAGAAGAGACCUGUCAAAGUGGUCAAAUUGGUGAUCGAAGAUAGUAUCGAAGAUCAGAUCGUACAGCUACAACAUAAGAAACUGGCUAUGACUGAAGCUGCGCUUAAUAAAGAUCCUGAUGCAGCAUUGGGUAAAUUGACUGUUGAGGAUUUGGGUUUCUUGUUUAAGCUGUAG